CACAGUAUAAACAUAGUUAUUGAUAGACUGUUUCAUAGUUAUGCUUAUGUUCAUAAUAAAUAUAUUUUAACUAAUUCAUUUUACUUUUUGACUGUGCAUGUAUCAUAAAAUUGCAGUUGAGUAUAUUAUUGUUAGUGUUUUACCUGAGUGAUUAUUAUUUUUUCUUCAUAACCGUUAACUUGAAAAAUGGUAAAACGUAAAAGUGAAGUAGCUUUGGCUGAUGGCGAACAGAAUAAAGCAAUACGAGAAAAAUACAUAAAAACUGACAAGGUUAAUGCUCGUACAUCUAGUCUUUUCAUGCCAAUUAUGGCAUUAGAAGGCCAUGAAGGGGAUAUAUUUGCAACAAAAUUUCACCCUGAAGGAGAAUACUUGGCAUCAUCUGGUUUUGACAGAAAAAUUUUUAUAUGGAGUGUAUAUGGUGAAUGUGAAAACUUGGGUGUUCUUGCUGGUCACUCAGGAGCAAUUUUGGACAUGAAAUUUUCUACCGAUGGAUCAUUAAUAUAUACGAGUAGUACUGAUAUGACAGUGUCCUUCUGGGACAUAUACAAAGGUCAAAGAGUAAAAAAACUUAAAGGACACACAGGAUUUGUUAAUUCUUGUGACUCAGCAAGGCGUGGACCUCAAAUGAUCACUAGUGCUUCAGAUGAUUGUACUAUAAAAAUAUGGGAUCCUAGAAAACGAGGGGGUGAUGCAGUAACUACUUUCAAUAAUAACUUUCAAGUGAUGGCUGUAUGUUUUAAUGAUACUGCUGAUCAAGUCAUAACUGGUGGUCUAGAUAAUGAAAUAAAAAUUUGGGAUUUACGUAAAAAAGCAUUACUUCACCGUUUACCUGGUCAUACCGAUACAGUAACUGGACUUGAACUAUCUCCUGAUGGUUGUUACUUACUGUCAAAUGCAAUGGACAACAGUUUAAGAAUAUGGGAUGUCAGACCUUAUGCACCAGCUGACAGAUGUUUGAAAGUAUUUUCUGGGCACACUCAUAAUUUUGAAAAGAAUUUAUUGCGGUGUGCAUGGUCACCAGAUGGUUCAAAAGUUUCAGCUGGUUCAGCUGAUCGUUUUGUAUAUAUUUGGGAUGCUAAUACACGUAGAAUAUUGUAUAAGUUACCUGGUCAUAAUGGUAGUGUUAAUGAUGUAGAUUUUCAUCCUAAAGAACCAAUAAUUAUGUCUGGAUCCAGUGAUAAAGUUGUAUAUCUAGGGGAAUUUGAAUGAAUCCAUUGAAAUUGUAUUGGAACUAUUGUAAUUUUUAACUUUAUUUAUACUAAGAUUCUUUAGUUUUUCUAUAAUUUAUUUGUUUUGGUAAA